ACCUUGGCACUGUUGGAAAGAGCAGCAGGAGGCGGCGGCAACAGCAGAGGACCUGCCUGGCAGAGGACCCACAGGUAGGACUGAGGAAUGCCUGGUUAAGGGCCAUCAGCUGGGGAACGGGGGCGAGUGGGGGGCUCUGCUCCCCUUGGCAAGGCCACUGGGAGUGCUGGGCGCUGGUGCCCUUGGCAGGGGCAGGCAUAUGAGAGUGAGAAGCAGCGCCAUGGGGCUGGGCUGCCUGUGGCAGGCAGGUGCCUCACGUGUUGCUGGAAGCCUGUGCAGGCCUUCUUGCCGGGGGACACGUCUGGGGGGGGGGAAGCAGCCUCGAAGGCAGACCCCCCCAUGUAUUCCCUCAGGCUUCUCUGCCCUGGUGGCUCCUCUUGCCUGCAGUGCUUGCGAGCCCACCACUGAGGGCUCCCUUUUGGGUUUCCUGUUCCAGGGCGUACCUAGGGAUUGGUUAGGUAUGGGGGCGAAAAAUCACACCUCCCCAUGCUGAAACGUGUCCUUGCCAAGGGUUCAAGGGAGCUUAGGUCCGCCUCUGCUCCUGUUUGCUCCCUGCCACCUUGCCACCAGCCGCUCUGCCUGCCCUUGGUGCCCACGCUGCUCCCUGGGCAUCUCUGGUGAAGGCUGGCAGGACCAGGAGCAAGGCGGCAGCAGUGGCAGCAGGAUGCCCUCUAGGCCCAUACCCUCUCUCUGUGUGCCAGUCAGAGGUGAGGCAUCAGGGGGGAGAGAAAAUGCCUCAGGAGGGCUCAAGGUGCUUCCCAGGUGCCGCAAGGAGGAGGAGGAGGAGGUCUUUGCUCCAGGUUCCUCCAGCGGCUCGUGGGCCUUUCCAGUGGUGGCCCCUUCCAAGCGACACGCCCUUUGCACCUUCAUGGUCUUUUUUCAGGCACCGGGUGAAGCCAGACCUGCUGGCCUCCUCAUCACAAGGGACACCUUUUCAGGCACCAUUGGCUCGUCAGGCAUUUAAUUUUAUCCAUGUGGAGUUUUCAUCUUCAUUUGUUAGGGGCAUUUUCACUUUUCUAAUAGGAAAGGCAAAGCCUUCUGAAGAAAUGCAACUUCUUGGCAAGUAGCUGAUAUGAAGAAAGGCUUUAAACUGAGGUUGGGUGUCCAUUUGUUCAGCUGUGAUUCCUGCUUUGCAGGGGGUUGGACCUUUGGGGUCCCUUCCAUGAAAGUGUCCCCCACAUUUGUGUGCCUGUGGUUUAUCCAGAGCCUCAUGAGGCCGGGGGUGGGGGAGCGGGGAGCAUCCAGAGCCCAGCUAUGGGGCUGCCAAGGCUCUUGGCUUUGUGGGCCCCACUAGCGUUUCCUGAAGGGGUCUUUGGGCAAGCCCCCAGCUUGCACCGGUCUGGAAAAUCUUGUGCUAACUCCCCAUUCCUUCACAGGAGCAGGAUAAGCUCUGAAAGGCAGGCUUAGAAGUGAGAUGCGUGGUCUAGAAAGGCAGCUGGCAGUGACUGGAAAGGGCAGGAUCAGGUCCAGAUGCAGGACAGAAAGGGGGGCUUCCUUACUUACCUCUUAGGUGGGGUGGGCAGGGGGCACAAGCCCCUGGGUCGUCUCUGCUAGAGCUCCCCCCCCCCCCAUUUCUGGCCUCUUUUCUCCUUUACAUCUGAAGCCCAUUUAAAUCACAUGGCAUUCCCCCCCAAGGAAUCCUUGGUUGUUCUUGGUGCUCUGUGGUGGGUAAACUACACUCCCAGGCUUAUUUGGGGGAAGCUCUGUGGUGCUUUAAUCUCAUGCUGCGGGUGUGUUUUUAAUUAUUAUUAUUAUUAUUAUUAUUAUUAUUAUUAUUAGUUACAUUUAUACGGUAUACCGCUCCUCAUCCGAAGAUCACAGAGCAGUUCACAACGCAAAAAUACAAAAUGUGAGCUUCACUUACAGAAGUGGUGACCAAAGGUGCUGCAAAUCACAAUCCCGAUGAGACCCCUGGGACCACCCAGCAUCCUCAUUUGUCCCGAGGCAAAUUCAGGCCGGACAGCAAGAGCCCAAAUUUAGGUUCUCCCCAGCUGCUCUGCAAGUCAGCCUAAAUUUGCCUAUGAAUUAGCAGGUGCAGGUUUGUGCUAUGGGUCUGUGCCCCUUGCCCUGCCCCUGUCUGCAGCCCUGAGAGUGCCCUCCCCGUCACAUGGGGGCAGCAGGGGGAACUACUUUUCCAGAUGGGGCACAGAGCACCCCCCUGGAGAAGAGCCAACUGAGUGACUGGCAUGCUUUUUGUUUCUUUAGAAAAAAGGAUGUUAAGGGGACAGUGAACAAGGGGAGACCAAAAAAUCAAGAAAACAGUUUAUGCUGUAACUAGAAAGUUGCAAACCAGUUUUAUCCAAAAUUUUGUUUUAAUCUUGUAUCACACGAGCAAUACAAAAAACACACAAUCUGGGUUUAGAAGCAGAGAAAGCGCCCUUCCGUGCAGCCCUGGUCAAGCAGUCGGGGGGCCGAGUACCACAGGCACACCUUUUUGGAUAAAGCCAGUGAGGUGGAGCUUCAGACUUAGAAUAAUGCUUUCCUUUACAAAUUCUUUAGAAAACCAAAGACCAGUUCCAAAGGAUGUAUGCUGAUAUAAGUUGUGGCACAUGUAUGUGAAUGUAGGCUUUCAGAAUGUAUUUUUUUGGGGGGGGGUCUCUGGGGAAAUACUUAAAAGGGGGGUGCUUCCAGAGGGGUACAUUCACGGUGCAAAAAGCUGCCCAUCCUGCUCAACCCAGGUGGGGUGGGGGGAGAGGGGAGUUUGACUCCAUCUCUGCAAACAGAGGUCCAGCGUUUAAAUCUGCAAAGGUUCUCUGGUUACCAGGCAGGCUGCCUUAAGCAAUUCUUGAGUGACAGGAGCGGUCCUGCAAAAUCCACCUUCAGUCAGGGAAGGUGAGCAGAUUUGGAUGGGUGGGGUGGGGUCUUCCAGAAGAGACUUUCGCUGUGCCUUUGCUCUCUAGAAUAAUAGAAUUGUAGAGUUGGAAGGGACCCCAAGGUCUUGCAAAACAAGCAGGUAUUUAGACUUUCCCCCUCCUACCUGAUCCCUGAAUGCUUAGGAAGGCGGAUGGCAAACAUCUGAAAAUGACAAGACUGCAGUUUCAGGAAAAAAAUGUGUUUUGAAAGUGAAUAUACUAGUAAAAGAAGAACCUGUCCCUAACUCCUGGCCAGCUCUAAACUGUUUCUGGGGCUCCCGGAGGAUGCUGUGGGAGGCAGGUAGGACACAGCAGCCCUUGAAAUUAUGCUCUGGCAAUGAUCUGGGCACCCGCCAGGAUGGGCCUUGGGCUGAGCCUCUGGCAGACUGAGAGGUCCCAGGGUGCUUUGCAGGUCAGCGGGGCUCUCCCUUGCGUGAAAGGGGCCCUGCUGCCUGCAGCAGGUGGGGAUCGUGUCCUGGGUGCUGCUGGUGCCCCUCAGGCCUUCCGCCAAGGCGUCUUUGGUCUUCCUGCCCUUGGAUGCACCGCUGCUCCAGCUCCCUCCCGGCCCCACUGCGGUCCCCUCCUUCCUCCCUCGCAUCUCCGGAGCUGCCUGGGUGGCCAGACUGGGUCAUCAUCUCCUGGUACCUCAUGUCCCCAACCAACUACCUUGUGCCAGAGGCUCCUUUGCGCCAAUCCACUCUUCAUAAACAGCAAUUCUCCACAUAAUUACAUUUGGAUUAGGCUGAAACCACAUAAUUGCAGAAUAAUUGCCUGCUGAAAGGUGUGACUUGCCAGCCUGUCGUGGCGCAAUGUUAAAGGCAGUUUUUAUCACUCCUCCUUCCGUGGGUCUCUAUGGAUGCUAUAAAGACACCUGGGGAAUUAGAGACCCCCCCCCCCAGCAAACAGAGUGUCUGGAGUGCCACUGCUGCAAAGGUGGGAUAUCGAGUGUGUUCAUCAGGCUCCUUCCUUGUGACCAUGUGCAUAGGGUCUACUCCUGAGGCUGCAGCUGUGCAGGACGCAGUGACUGGGCUGCUUGCGGGGCAAAUGACUUCCAGCAUUGCUGACCUUGUUUGUGGCUCUGGCUGCCAUUCUGCCUCUGGGCCAAGUUCAAGGCUUUGGAAUUAACAGCUCAGGCCCAAUGCAGCUCAGGACCAGCGAACUUGAAAGAGACCCUGAUGCCUGACGUGCCCCCUAGCCGGUCACCCUGACCUGCAGGAGAGCUCCUCCUUCAAACCCCCCCCAGAUCUCAACAGCCCCCUCCACAGUAACUCGGGGCAGGCCUUUUGGGGGGGUCACCCGUCUUCCAUGCACAGCAUCCCUCUGGGUCACAGCAGGGCGUCCAUGAUUGUCACUUCCCAUAAACAACUGGGGACAGAUUUGACUUGAAAAACUUUUCUAGCUGAGUGAAAAGGUCUCUCUGCCUUUGGUGCUGAUUCUGUGUUGUUUUGAAAUACAUCUUUAAUUGUUGCUUUUUUGUACUGUUUUCAUUUUCAGUGUUUUUUAUGGUGUGCCUGUAAAAAGGCCUUGAGACUCACGUGGAAGGCGACGCAUAGAUUAAUAAAUGAAUAACCACACAUGAACUUGUGGAGCCUGAGGCAGAGCUGGCCCAGGAACCGAGGGCACCUGGAGCGGAGCAAGCCCUCCUCUGCCCAAGGCAAGGGGCAAGAGGCUCUGGGCCCUGGAGAACUCCACCAAGGCCGCGGGGUUCAAUUAAAUAGCUCACCAUUUUCUUCCCUUUCAUGCUAUUCCAGGUCAGCUGCUUGAGACAGUCUGAGCUGCUCUCCCUUCCCUUUAGAGCAGGGGUCAGCAACCUUUUUCAGCAGAGGGCUGGUCCACUGUCCCUCAGACCUUGUGGGGGGGGCUGGAGUAUAUUUUUUGGGGGGGGAAUGAACGAAUUCCUAUGCCCCACAAAUAACCCUGAGAUGCAUUUUAAAUAAAAGGGCACAUUCUACUCAUGUAAAAACACGCUGAUCCUGGACCGUCCACGGGCCGGAUUCAGAAGGCAAUUGGGCCAGAUCUGGCCCCCGGGCCUUAGUUUGCCUACCCAUGCUUUAGAGCUAAAUUAGAGAAUUUACAAGUGCACACAUUUUGUUUUUGUUACUAAAUCAUGUAUAUUAUGCAAUAAGAAUUACAGUGCUGUCUAGUAUACUGGUCUGCGUGUUGCUUGUACUGUUUGUUGUGUUAAGUUUGCAACACAGGGGUUUGUUGUUCUGUAUUAGAGCUUACUCCAUCAGAAUGCAAUUAGCCUUCAGCAAAGGACCUCCAAUGCCUAAGAUUUCCUUCUCUGCCUUCAGCCUGCAUCCAGGGGGUGGAAGUGGGUGGGUGCAAACGGUGACAAGAGCAACUUCCAGGCCGUGUUCCCAUGAAAUAGCUCCAAGUGUGCUGGACUUUGAAGUGGCCAGACACGGAUCUGCUCGUGACUCCAGGCCCACAGCAGCCCAGGGACAGAGCUGCUGCUGCUGCAGGUCCAGUUCCCAAUGUCAGCCCCUCCAGGUGGGGCUGGGAACGUCCCUUGUCUGAAAGCCUUCGAGAGCCACAGCUGUCGUUGGGAGCAGGCAGCGCUGACAGGGGUGGGCCAAGGGUCUGGUUGGGCGUGACUCCCUAAGAAGGGACCAGGGCAGGGGAUGGGAGUCUCUAUAAAGGAGGGUCAGAUUGGGCAGUGCUGGGUUUGCCCCCCUCCCUGCCAAGUCCUGCCGUGUGCGCAGGCUCUGCUGGGUGUGGUGGGGACCAGUUUCUGUGUGUGUGUUGCCAUGAGACGCUGCAGCUGUGCAAACAAGGCGGUGUUGGUGUUGCACGUGUGAUGUGUGACUGUGGUUGCUGUCAUGUGUGUGGACAAGCCCAGGGAGCUGUGCCAAGCCUGGCACUGCCCAGCCCACGUCUAAGGCCAGACCUGGGUCCAAACAGGCAACAGCCAAUUCAGGAGGAGGAGGAGUGCCCCCUCGUUGGCCGACCAGGAAAUCUCCCCCUUCUUCAGAAAGGCAGGUGAUGCAAUUUCCAGGCAAGACAACGCCCUUUAAUUUGCAGGGAGCAGAACCUUCUCCCAACCGGCCCAGUAGCUUUUAUCACUGGGAAUCUGGGGUGUCAACGCUACGCAGAUCCCAAGCCUCCUGAACCAACAAGCAUUUGCAGGUGCUUCCCAGGGAAGAGGCUUCUUCCAGGCCCAGCAGGAGCCUCCGCCUGCCUCCUUCCCCUGCCAGGGCUGGGAGCAGAAGGCUCUCACCCCCCCCACCCCCUGCAAAGGGUCCUGUGCAUCGAAUAGCUGCAGAAGCACCUGUCAUUGGCCCGAGGAGGAACCUUUUCCUGGCAUGUGGAUGCUGUGAGGGGGAAGCUUCACCUGGGACCUUCUGCAUGCAAAGCAGCUGCACUGGGAAUUAGCUAUGAUGGCCUCUUCCCAUUUGUUACAUUAGAGUCCUGCAAGAUUGCUGCUUGCUGGCUGUGACGGUGGGUUCACCUUGAAGCUGGGCAGGAUCACUUUGGGAAAAGGAAAAGGAAAAGCUCCAAAUGGUAGAAACAUAGAACUGUAGACCUGGAAGGAACCCCAAGGGUCAUCUAGCCCAAAACAGGAAGGAGAAACUGACCUUUUUGUGUUAUUGGCCCAGUCCUGUGGAACUCCCUGCCACUAGAUAUUCAGCAGGCACCUUCUGUGCCAAUUUUUAAAUGCCUGCUGAAUACUUUCAUAUCCUGCCAGGCCUAUACAGGCAGUUAAGAAUACAUCCUCCACAAUCAUUUUCUGAUGCCUGAUUUUAAUUUAUUUUUGUUUUUAAGUUUUUAAAACCUUUAUUGUCUGUUUUUACAUUGUUGUAAACCACCAUGGUAUUUAUUUAUGAUACAGUGGUAUAUACGUAUUUUUUAAAAUAAAAAAAUGACCAAGCUAAAUAAUCUCUGGCUAUCCAACCUCUGCUUCAAAACCUCCAUUGCAGGAGAGUCCACCGCCUCCCAAGGUGGCCUGUUCUACUGUCAAACAGAAAGUUCUUCCUAAUGUUUAGUCAAAAUCUCCUUCCUUGUUAUUUGAAUCCAUUGGUUCAGGUCCUCCCCUCUGGAGCAGCAUAAGACAAGCUUGCUCUGUCUUCCAUGGGGCAGCCCUUGAGAUAUUUGAAAAUGGCUGUCCUAUCACCUCUCAGUCGCCUCUUCUCCAGGCUAAAUAUAUGCAACUCCAUUAGCCAUUUCUCAUGAAUAAGGCUUUCUUUCUUCAGCAUCUUGCUUGUCCUCCUCUGCACAUGUUCCAGCUUGUCAAUAUCCUCCUUAAACUGGGGUGCCCAGUUAAACUGGACACAGCAUUCUGGGUGGGGUCUCACCAAGGCAGAAUAUAACUUUUGAUCAGGACACUCAACUUAGGUUGAUACAGUCUAGUUAGUAUAACAUUAGCUUUUUUUGCUGUUUUGAAAAAACAACAACUGCUUCAUGACUCCUUAAUGGCUCAGAAUGACUCCUUAAUGGGAGCUAAUUGUUAGAAGAUGCUUACUUGAUAAAGAAAUCUCUCUGGAAUGUUCUGGGUAGAGAAACCCAAACACGGUUUGAUCAAUGAGUCCCUAAGUGACCGUGGAGGCCAAUUCUGGAUCCACACGUCCUUCCACAGUGGGGACAUAGGUCUCCGGGCAGGAGAUGUCAGUUUUACAAAUGGGCUCAGGCAGUGUCAGUAGAGGAACUUGAGUUUUGGAGUACUGCUUCUGUGUUUGGCGAUUCUACCUUCUCAAGAACAAGAGCAAGUUGUUGGCUUCUGCAAAGUAGAUCACAUUUGAUUCCUUGCACAGGGACUGGGUUCUGCCGUGUCUGUUCUCCAACAGGACUGAGGGCUCAUCCACUCUUAGCUUUGCUCCACAUUGUAGGCACCAGUCCAGGCUUUCCAGGUUUGUGUCUGAGCACUUUCCCCCUUCUGUUUUUUUGCCCUGGCACUUUCUCCACAAAACCCCACUCUUGACCACUGAAUCUGGGCAGCCACCUGCAGAAAACCCAAAUUGCCCUUGGUUUCAAUUCAGCUUUAAAGAGUGUGUUUUCCUGGGCGAAGCACCUGGUGGUAGGUUAGGGGUGGAAGUGCCUGGACACAAGCUGGGAAACAGCGGGGCAAAAAAUAAGUGUGUAGGACGAGCCCUGAUGCUAAAAGCUCUCUCUUUGCUCUUCUGGAUCUAAAUGGCAGUUUUCACACUGAAUUGCACUGAUUCUUUAAAAAAUGCUUUUAACCUCUCUUAGCUUGUAAAUAUGAAGUGGCAAUUUCCCCCAGGAAUUAAAUUCUGACCAAGGGUUGGAAAAGGGUGUUCUGUCUUCCCAUUAGUGGUUCUGCUGGACCAUAUCUAGUUACUAUCAACGGAGUUGACCUGUAGCUUACAAGAGCAAAUAGGUGGGACGGCCUGUCUCAAUACUUUCUUGGCAGUCUGUCUGCUCUCUCUGCCUCAUUAUUUCAUUGAGGGUAAUUUGAGCUGGUGGCAAUGUGGCAAAAGUUGCAAGAUGCCAGAAAUGACUGGAAUUCUGCUACUGUAAAUGGGUUUGCGUUGUGGGUCAUGUUGAUCAGGCGUGCCAAAGCAAACAGACAUAUUCUUCAGUGCUCAGGCAAGGGAAGUAGCUCAAUAGACCUUGAAAAGCAGGACCUGAGAACCAAGCCAGGUCAGCCUUACAGUUCAGCUGCUCACCUUUCCUUUUUUUUUUUUAUAAAUAUUUAUUAAAGUUUUCACAAUAUUACAUGAAAAAAGAAAAAAUACAAAAAAAACACAAUUAAAAACAAUUCCAUCUUUUCGUCACUUAUCUUUCAUUUACUUGUUUCCCGGACCUCCUCAUGCCUCCCUUUUUUGUAUUCCAGUUCAAUUUAUUAGUUCAGCAAUUCCUUUCCCUCCUUAUUUUAUCCUGAUCUUUAAUCUUAAUAUAUUAUAGCAUUAAAUUUUUACCUAUUAAAAAUCCAAUUUUUCCAUAUUCUUUUAUACCAUUACAGCUAGAAACCACUUAACUUCAAUCCAACAUCAUUCUAACAUUCAUUAAUUUUGCAAUAUUUCUGUAAAUAGUCUUUAAAUUUCUUCCAAUCUUCUUCCACCGAUUCUUCUCCCUGGUCUCGGAUUCUGCCAGUCAUUUCCGCCAAUUCCAUGUAGUCCAUCAUUUUCAUCUGCCAUUCUUCCAGUGUGGGUAGGUCUUGUGUCUUCCAAUACUUUGCAAUAAGUAUUCUUGCUGCUGUUGUAGCAUACAUAAAGAAAGUUCUGUCCUUCUUUAACACCGAUUGGCCGACUAUGCCCAGGAGAAAGGCCUCUGGUUUCUUCAAGAAGGUAUAUUUAAAUACCUUUUUUAAUUCAUUAUAAAUCAUCUCCCAGAAAACCUUAAUCCUUGGGCACGUCCACCAAAGGUGAAAGAAUGUACCUUCAGUUUCUUUACAUUUCCAACAUUUAUUAUCAGGCACAUGAUAGAUUUUUGCAAGCUUGACUGGGGUUAUGUACCACCUGUAUAUCAUUUUCAUAAUAUUCUCUCUUAAGGCAUUGCAUGCCGUAAACUUCAUACCUGUGGUCCAUAACUGUUCCCAGUCAGCCAUCAUUAUGUUAUGUCCAACGUCUUGUGCCCAUUUAAUCAUAGCAGAUUUCACCGUUUCAUCCUGAGUAUUCCAUUUCAACAGCAAGUUAUACAUCUUUGACAAAAUCUUGGUUUUGGGUUCUAACAAUUCUGUUUCUAAUUUUGAUUUUUCCACCUGGAAGCCGAUUUUCUUGUCCAAAUUGUAUGCCUCCAUUAUCUGAUAAUAAUGAAGCCAGUCUCGCACUUUGUUUUUUAGUUUUUCAAAACUCUGUAAUUUCAAUCUAUCUCCAUCUUGUUCCAAAACUUCCCAAUAUUUCGGCCAUUUGACCUCCAUAUUGAGCUUUUUCUGUGCUUUUGCUGCUCACCUUUCCUAAGGUCUAUCAUGUGAUUAAAGGAUCCUUCCAUUGUGCUGAUCCAGUUCUUCUGGAUCAGAAGUCACAGCAUGAGAUUUUGUUCUUUCUGCCCCUUCCAGAACUUGGCCAUCACACUGUCCACUUGGAUCACUUACAGCAGCCCAUGGUUAGACCUUGACAUCCUUGGUGGAUGGAUGAGUUCUGGUCUAGAUAAGUUCUAGGAUCUCUUUCCUCAUUUUUUGUGCUGCAACAAUGCACUUCCCUUUUGUGAUUAGGCCUUCUGGUUCACUCAGUCAUCCACAGUCUGCAAAGUUCUUCCGACUCACCUCUGAAGAAUUGCAAGAGUCUUUAGGCCAUCCUGAUCCAACAUAGCACAAGACUUCUUGAAGUUCUGGAUUUCCAUGAAUGGCAUUUGGGGUUGGAGUUUUGCAAAUCCUGGCCACCAUUCCAAGAAGCUUCCUCGCUGCUUUCACUCAUCUGAUGGGGCGUGGCUUUGUACAGAGUUGCGUUAUGGCAUCUCCCAAGAGCUCUACGUUGUGUUGAUGAAAAGUGCAUUUCUCUUUGUUCAGCUUGUGGCUGGAUUCAUGGAAGCAGCAGCAGCAGCAGCAGCUGGGAUCAUACAGAUCAACCUCCAGCCACCGUGAUUAAGGGGUGGGGGAGCUGCACGUGGUGCGUUGGUUGGGGUCCUGUGGAACUGCCCAGUGUCUGCUUUCAACUGGAUCACAGAACCACAGACUGGUAGAGUCUAGUGUCUGGUGUCGGCCGUCUUUGCUCCCUGGGUGGUCAUUGGUGGUAAAAGGAAGACCCUGCUCUGGCCAGGACAGUGUUUAACCCUGACACAUUCUGCCAUUCCCAGCCUCAGAGGCUCAUUUCAGGACCCAUUAGGAGCACAUCAUCAAUUAAGUGAAUUAUACAUUACCUUUACGGUUCACAAGUGAUGAGAUAACACCCGCAUUUUAAAGCAUGCAAUUAGUCUUCAUCUGUCUCCACCCAAUAUUAACAGCAUGUGUUUCAGCUGAAUUACAGGUUUCUGUCCCUUACCUCCACAUUCCCAUCCUUUUCAGGAUUGUGGCUGUGUACACAUCACACAUUUAAAGUACAUUUCCACCCCUAAAAAUACUGGGAAUUGUUGCUUACCCCAGAGCUGUAAUUCCUAGCACCCUUAACAAAUGACAGUUCCUAGCCAUUAUUAUUAUUAUUUUACAACCAAACAUAGUUAUUUAAAAGUUCAACACACCAGAAGCAUAGGCUGAUUUCAUUUUUCUUCCCUCAGAAUUUCCAGAGAGAUGUGAGAGGCAGCUGUUUCUAAACUAUGCUGUGCUGAACAGUGAAAUGUUAAGGGACUUGCUCUGCGCAUGGCUGUGUUAAAGACGCUCCGUGCAAAACUCUCUCCCCUCUAACUUGAAAAAGGCAUGAGCCUAUUCUGGGAGUGGAGGGAGCACGUGCAAAUAUUUGAGGUGUGUGAGUGGUGCCUCAGCCCCCUUUUGCAGUGGAGUUACAGCUGGACAGGAAAUCUUCAGUUCUGCAUUUCCUUUAAGUUCUGACUUGGUGCCUUUGCUCUGGUCUGAGGGGGCUGGCUGCAAUCCUGCCUUGCCCAGGGCAGCUCAGGCCAUCCUCAGCCCCUUGGGGCAAUCCCAGCAAAGCCCACUGCUGGCCACACUGGGUGAACUUUCUUCGUAUUAGAAGUAUUUGUUACCAUGAUUUCUGUGCUGCCUUUCAGGGUCAAAACCCUCCCAAAGUGGCUUACAUGCAAAAUGCAAAUAAAGCCAAUCAAUAAAGGUUAAUGAUUGGAGGGUUCUGAACUUGCUUAACACCCCGGAGGGAGGGGGGGAGUGAGCCGUGCCCCCACCUGGCUGGGAGGAAGCAAGGGGUCUGGCUCUCUUGUUCUUCCUGUGAUGCCUCUUGCCAGAGGUGCAGGAAGGAGCUGCUUAGAAGUCAAAUCAUCUGCCUGCACACCAGAUCCCUUUGAAGCACUUUCGGAGCACAUUUUCCCCUCAAAGCAUCCUGGGCUCUGCAGUUUGCCCCUCACAGAUUUACGAUUCACAGCCACGCUCUUUGAAGGCCACAGCCCAUCCACAGCCAAGGCUGCUAUUUGUGGGGAGGAACUGUGGGCACAACAUCUGUUUCAUGCAUUUUUAAAAUGAGGCUGCAUUUUAAAUUGCAUUUUAACCUGUAUUUUAAAUUGGUUUUUUCCUUUUCUUUUCCCUAUUAUGUUUUUACUGUGAUUUUAUUGGUGUUAGCCGCCCUGAGCCCAGCUCUGGCCGGGGAAGGUGAGGUAUAAAUAAAAUUAUUAUUAUUAUUAUUAUUAUUAUUAUUAUUAUUAUAGUGCUCUGGUCCAUGGGGUCACGAAGAGUCGGACACGACUAAACGACUAAACAACUAAACAACAAAAUUAUUAUUAUUAUUUCAUUUAUAGUUGCUAAUGUUAUUUAUAUAGAGGCUUUAUUGCACUUGUAUCCGAUUCUCAUUUGCAGCGUUUGAAAUUUCACAAAUUAUUUAAGGUAGGUUGUAGACCACUUCGAGGUACCUUUGAGAUUGUGAAGUGGCAUGGAAAUCAUAGAUUCAUAGAAUCAUAAAACUGUAGAGUUUAAGGCACCCCCAGUGGUCAUCUAGUCCAACCUCCUGCAAUGCAGGAACCGCAGCUCAAGAAUCUGCUGCUGGAGAUGUCUGGAGCCCAGGGGUGCUCCGGGGUCCCACUGUGGAAUAGGUAAAGGUACCCCUGCCCGUACGGGCCAGUCUUGACAGACUCUAGGGUUGUGCGCUCAUCUCACUCUAUAGGCCGGGAGCCAGCGCUGUCCACAGACACUUCCGGGUCACGUGGCCAGCGUGACAAGCUGCAUCUGGCGAGCCAGCGCAGCACACGGAACGCCGUUUACCUUCCCGCUGGUAAGCGGUCCCUAUUUAUCUACUUGCACCCGAGGGUGCUUUCGAACUGCUAGGUUGGCAGGCGCUGGGACCGAACGACGGGAGCGCACCCCGCUGCGGGGAUUCGAACCGCCGACCAUGCGAUCAGCAAGUCCUAGGCACUGAGGUUUUACCCACAGCACCACCCGCUGUGGGUGGAAUAGUGAGCUGGAAUAGUGAGCUGCAAAUGGCUGUUGACAGGGUGGCUCCCAAGUCCCUGCAGAGCCCAGGCAGCUCUCUGGUGCACUCAAGAACUGAGGGGGCAAGGAAGCAAGCAGGAGGGGGGCCAAGCCAUGGCAAACAGUCACAUUCUCAAGGCCAUUUGCAUACCUGAGAAGGAGUGCAUCUCAAGGCAUUCUUUCCUUUCCUUUAAGACCAAAACCGUUUCAUUCUGAAAAGCCCACCCUGGAGCCAGGCAGCAGCUGGCUGCAGCUGCCCCCCUGCCAUGCUCAGUCCCUGAGAGGGAGGGGCACUUCUGGAGAAACCAAGAUGGCAGCAGGCCUGGGGGGGGGGAGCUGGCUGAGUCCGCUGCUGUGGAGCUGGCUUCUUAAGGAAAGAAAAAGGGAUGCUGUGACAACGGGCAUCAGCCCUAACGUGCCCACGCUGGGCACUGAUGCUCUGCCAGGCGGCCACUGUCACCUACUGCCUGCCCCUAGUGGGUGUUUCCUCCCCACCCCUAGGUUAUGGGGCCCCAGGCUUGGACUAUGAAGUCUAGCCCUGAGGGCACCACAUCCUAAAUACCCCCCCCAUUUACAGGGGCCUUCCCCCGCCAUGCCUUCCACUGCAGCUGCCCCCCAAGAGCAUUUUGCUGUGGAGGCAGGGAGGGGGAGGGCCCCCCUUGCACCUCUCUAACCACUAGGCUUCAGGACCUCUAAAGCCACCAGCUUCAGCAGCAAUUGCUUAAGUUUUACACAUUAUUUCUGCUUUUUGUAAAACGCACAGGCAAGCUGGCCCUGCGCAGGAGUCCUGAGAUCAAGACCGGCGAGCCUCUCGCUUGGCUAGGCUCUGGCUGCCCUCAAGGCCUGGCCUGCCACCAGUUUCUCUCUUUUUUCCAUGACGUUGGGCUGCUCCCUGGGCUAGUGUGGGUCGCACCCGUGGCGGCCGGCAGUCUCAGAGGCAGCAGCCGGGUGCUGGGUCCCCCCUUCUCUGCCUGCCCCCCUCCCUGACCCCUCCUGCAUUCCAGGCUCUGUGCAAGCAAGCGCAGAUGGGGAUUAUCUGCCACCAAGAGGAACAGGGCUGGGCUGGGGAGGGGAGAGGCAAGUGGGUCGCCUGGGCUUGUCUCCCUCCUUUGUUGCUCAACCUUGGCAAAUGCUCAGAAUGUAAGAGGAGCAGGGAAGCUGAAAGAGGCUGGGGCUGGGCUCAGGAGGAUGCCAAACCUGUCUGAGCUUCCUUCACCACUCUGCUCCUUCCCACCCCAGCGCAGGCUGAGAGGGGACAGAGAUCUCAUGAAGCAACAGGGGGUGAGAUAAUACGCUGUGGCUGAUCAUUAUUCUGCUUGGCCUUGACAAGGGCUCCGUUCCAGCUUUAUUUGAGGGCAGGUUUCUGGUGCAGUGACUCCGUGUACCCAAGGAAGAUCUCACCUGUCAAACCCUCCAGAGGGGCUGGCCCAGCCCAAAGCGCAGAGGGCCUCCCCAGGCCAGCUUCCUAUUACCGGACUGUGUGGGUUCUGCACACACCACAUGGGCCCCUCCUGCAAUUUCUGCCUUUUUAUUCCUGCUUUCUCUUUUAUUACCAGGGUUUUGGUUUUCACGCCAAGCUUUUGCUUGUGGUGUGUUGUAACAUUGCUCCAUUAUCGCUCGUAAUUGCUGGGAGUGUCCUUACAACCGGAAAAGCAGACGUGCGCAGUUGUGAGGAACCACUUUUAAAAUCUGUUUCUUUCUCUCCUCAAUUAUCAGGGAGUAUUUUGGAAGUUUCCCCUUGUGUCUCCCCCGUGGGAAUGUGCGUGAAGGUAGAAGGUGCAUUCCAAGGACACCUUGCAGGUGCCAUUCAGGUUGAAUCAAGAGUGGAGUUCCAUGCCAGCAAUCCUUAGGAAAGGAAUUGAAACUAAAACUGCCAGUCUCAUAAUGCCAUUAUACAAGUCCAUGAGGCAACCACAUUUGGAGUACUGUGUGCAGGUCUGGUCACUGCAUCAUGAAAAGGAUAUUGUAGAGUUGGAAAAGGUUCUGAAAAGGGUUCCUCUGUGAAGAAGGUUUGCAGCAUUGAGGACUUACUAGUUUAGAGAAAAGAAGUUUAGAGCAAGAAGUGGCACAACAGAAGUUUAUAAGAGGAUGCCUAGCAGGGGGAAAGUGAAAGAGAAAAGGUUUCUGCUCCUUUCUGCUCUUCAUGACUACUGACUGUUUCCUUUCUUUCCUCUCCUUGCAGAGACCCACUUGCCACCCGCAAAGGGAGCAGAAGAGUCGCCUGCUUGCGCCAGGAGCGGGAGACUCGGAACAACUGCACAAACAGCAUGGAGGCAAGGGGUCCAGGGACCCGGGGGCAAGCAGGGUCAGCAGCCAUGCCAGGGGGCUACAUCUCCCCCAGCAGCACCUCAGCAGCACCCAAGGCAGACACACACAUCAAGAGCAUUGCCGGAGUCUACGUGGAGGCUGCUUCUGGCAAGACGAUGAGCCUUAAUGAAGCUGUCCAGCAUCAUUUGCUGCAGCCUGACGUUGCAUCAGCUCUCUUGGAGGCCCAGGCAGCCACCGGCGGCAUCGUUGACCUUGCGGGAAAGCGGCUGGUCUCUGUGGCGGAGGCCCUGGAGAUGGGACUGGCAGGGCUGGAGAUGAAGGAGAAGCUGCUCUGCGCAGAGCGAGCAGCAAAGGGCUUCACAGACCCUUACACAGAGGAGAAGAUCUCCCUCUACCAAGCCUUGCAGAAAGAGCUCCUUGGAAAGGAACAGGGCCUGUAUCUGCUGGAUGCCCAGUUAGCCACUGGGGGCACCAUUGAGCCAGCCACUGGUCACCGCAUCCCUCCGCAAGAGGCUUAUGAGAAGGGCUACCUUGAUGAGAAACUAAGCAACUUCCUCUCUGACCCUGAGAACGAGGAGGCCAAGGGCUUCGUAGACCCAAACAACAACCAGAAGGUCACCUACACGGAGCUGAUGAGAAGGUGCAUUUGUGACCACACCAGAGGCCUGCUCUUGCUGCCACUGAAAAUCUCCUUUCCUGGGCUGAGAGGGUCUGUGUGCAGCCAUGAGCUCCUGGAUUCUGGAAUCAUUGACUCAGCCAUGUUCAAAGCCCUCCAUGACGGGGAGCUCACGGCGCAGGAAGUGGCGGAGAUGGACUCUGUUCAGGGGUACCUCUCUGGGACAAAGAGCAUUGCCGGUGUGGCGCUGCUGCACACCAAUGAAUGCAAGAGUCUGUACCAGGCUUUAGGGGAGCACCUCCUAGUGCCAGGCACAGCUGUGAUUCUCCUGCAGGCUCAGGCUGCCACAGGAUGCUUGAUAGACCCUGUAAGAAACGAGAAGUUCACGGCCGAUGCUGCCAUCCGCGCAGGAGUUGUUGGGCCAGAGCUCCAUGAGAAACUGUCUUCAGCAGAGAAAGCAGUCACAGGGUACAAAGACCCCUUCACUGGCGAGACGGUCUCUCUGUUUCAAGCCAUGAAGAAGGGCCUUGUGCCCAGGGACCCUGGCAUUUUCCUGCUGGAUGCCCAGUUUGCCACUGGAGGCAUCGUCGACCCCCACACGCAUCACCGGCUUCCUGUGGAGAUGGCCUGUCAGCGGGGCCACUUAGACAAGGACACAGAGAGCCUCCUCUGCAAUCCCACAGAUGAGAUCCGUGGGUUCUUUGAGCCCAACUCCAAGGAGAAAUUGUCCUAUGCAGAACUGCUCUUGAGAUGCGUCACAGAUCCAGACACGGGUCUCUGCCUCUUGCCUCUCACAGGAGGCCAUGGAAGGGAGCACUCCUUCAUUAACCACAACACAAAGUCUGCUCUGGAGAACAUGGCUGUGUCUGUGUCCUGUGGGAAAUUCAAGGGGAAGCAGGUUUCACUCUGGAAGCUCCUCUUCUCAGACUACUUUACAGGAGAGCAGAGGACCGACCUCAUCCAGCAGUACCGCUCUAGGCGCCUUUCCGCUCGGCAACUGGCUGACAAAGUCUCUCACACCAUCCAGCAAGCCGUUGCCAACUCCAGAGUCACCUUCGAGGGCUUGAGGGACAAGGUGACGCCCGCCCAGCUUCUGAGCUCAGACAUCAUCAACAAGAAUUUGUUUGAGAAGCUGACCCAAGGGGAGACCUUGGCCAAAGAUGUUGUCAGCAUGGGCACGGUGAAGAAGUAUCUGGAAGGGACGGGCAGCAUCAGUGGGCUGCUCCUGCCCGACUCCCAGGAGAAGAUCAGCAUCUACCAAGCAAAGAGGAAAGGCUUCCUGCGGCCAGGGACCUCCCUCAUCCUCCUGGAGGCUCAGGCUGCCACAGGCUACAUCAUUGACCCUGCAGCCAACAAGAAAUACUCUGUGGACGAGGCCCUGAAGGCCAACGUAAUUGGCCCAGAUGUUUACGACAAGCUCCUGACUGCCGAGAAAGCUGUCACUGGCUACAGGGAUCCUUACACAGGAGAAAAGAUCUCCCUCUUCCAGGCUAUGAUGAAGGAUCUGAUCAUCAGGGACCAUGCCAUCCGCCUGCUGGAAGCACAGAUAGCGACGGGGGGCAUCAUCGACCCCAUCAACAGCCACCGCCUGCCUGUGGAAGUUGCCUACAAACGGGGCUACUUUGACAAAAAGAUGAACCUGAUUCUCUCGGACCCCAGUGAUGACACCAAGGGCUUCUUUGACCCAAACACCCAUGAGAACCUGACUUACCUGCAGCUGAAGGAGAAGUGCAUCACAGAGCCCUCAACCUCCCUCUGCCUCCUGCCGCUGAACAGCAAGAAGCCGCGGUUCAUUGACGACACCACCAAGCAAGCGUUCAGGGGCUCCUCGGUCUUUGUGAAAUACGGGCGCUUCCAAGGGCAACGGGUCUCCCUGUGGGAUUUGCUGAACUCCGAGUACUUCAGCGAGGGCAAGAGGAGGGAAAUAUUCAACCAUUAUUGCCUGCAGAAGGUCACCCUGGAGAAAAUCCGGCUCAUGUUGGAGGAGGAGAUGAAGAAAUGGGCCUGCAUCCAGUUCCCAGCCAUAAGGGGCCGCGUCACUGCCUACCACCUGAUGGAGAUGGGCAUAAUCGACAGGACCCUCUUUGAAAGGUUGCUGGAGGGAGCUGUGAGCCCAGAGGAGGUUCUGCGCAUGGGCUCUGUCCGGAAAUACCUCUAUGGCACUGGAAGCAUCGGGGGCAUCGUGUUGCAGCCCUCCAACGAACGAGUGAGUCUCUACGAAGCCAUGAAGAGGAACAUUGUGGUGCCCGGGGUAGCCGUGCCCUUGCUUGAGGCACAGGCAGCCACUGGCUUCAUCGUUGACCCAGUGAAGAAUAAAAAACUCGGCCUGGAUGAGGCUGUGAAGGAAGGCCUUGUUGGCCCCGAGCUCUAUGAGAAACUCCAACGGGCAGAAGAGGCUGUCACUGGCUACAAGGAUCCUUUCACAGGCAAGAAGAUCUCCCUCUUCCAAGCCAUGAAGAAGGGCCUUGUGGCUGACAAACAAGCCAGGCAGCUGAUGGAUGCCCAGCUGUCAACGGGGGGUGUCAUUGAUCCGCACUGUGGACAUUAUGUCCCAGUAGAAUUUGCCCAGAAAAAAGGUUACUUGGAUGAGGACUUCAGCAAAACACUUUCCAACCCAAGCAGUGGUGCCAAAACUUUCAGCACUCUGGACAGAAAGGAGAUGGUGACCUACAGCCAGCUGAUGGAUCAGUGUCAGAAGGAUGAAGCCUCUGGCGUCCACCUGCUACCUCUGCCGCAAGCAGCUUCUCCUGCCACCACAGAUGAGCAGAUCAAGCAGCUCUUCAGGGAGACCUAUGUGCAGGGCAAAAGGGUCUCCCUCUGGGAGCUCCUGAACUCUGGCUACUUCACGGAGGAGCAGAGAAGAGACUUCCUGGAGAAGUAUAGGUCUGAGGCAAUAUCCCUACAGCAGCUGGUCACCCUUGUCCAGGAACUCAUCAAGGAAAUGGAACUGAAGGCUCAAAGCCAGGUCACUUUCCAAGGCCUGAGAGGUGCAGUUCCCGCAGUCUGGCUUCUGGAUACUGGCAUCAUUUCGGAAAAGAUAUUCAGAGAGCUGGCUCAGGGCAGGAGGACAGCCAGAGAAGUGUCUGAGAUGGACAGCGUGAAGAAAUACUUGCAGGGCACUGGGAGCAUCGCUGGGGUCUUCAUUCAGGCCUCCAACGAGAAAAUGAGCAUUUACCAAGCUAUGCAGAAGAGCCUUCUUCUCCCAGGCACAGGGGCAAGGCUUCUGGAAGCCCAGGCAGCGACAGGAUCCAUCAUGGACCCCGUGACCAGCCAGAGGCUUGGAGCAGAAGAGGCCAUCAAAGCUGGCAUUGUGGGUGAAGAACUUGUGGAGCAGCUACUGCAGGCUGAGAGGGCCCUGACAGGCUAUCCUGACCCCUACUCAGGGAAGCCCAUCUCGGUGUAUCAGGCAAUCCGGAAGGAGCUGAUCUCCACCACGGCUGGCAUCCCCUUGCUUGAGGCACAGCUGGCCACUGGAGGGGUCAUCGAUCCCAUCCACCACCUCCACCUUCCUCUCCAAGCAGCCUACAAGCACAACUUCUACGAUGAGGAAAUGCACAAGACCCUUUCUCAGCAGAGUGACGACACCUGCGUCUUCUUUGACCCCAACACACAGGAAAGCCUGACCUACCAGCAGCUGAAGGAGAGGUGCGUCCGGGAUGCCGAGACAGGACACUUGCUGCUUCCUCUCUCGGAAGAGGCCAUUUUCUAUGCGGAUCAGCAGACCAUGGAAGUGCUGAAAUCUGUCACUGUCGGUGUCAACAUUGGGCGGUUUAAAGGCCAAGAGGCUUCGCUCUGGGACUUACUCCACUCUGAGUACAUCACCCACAGCAAGCGGAGAGAGCUGGUGGCAGCCUACAAAGAGGGGAAUGCUGAGAUCCUUGAUGAGAUUGCAGUGGCUGCCUCCAAAAUCAUCGAAGACACCGAGCAGCAGAGCAAGAGGUUCACUUUCAAGGGCCUGCGCAAACAGGUGUCAGCCAGCGACCUCUUCCAGUCGGAGCUCAUAGACAAGGAAACUCUGGACGAACUGAGAGAGGGGAAGAAAACUGUCCAGGAAGUCACCAAGAUGGAUUCAGUCAGCCGAUACCUUGAGGGCUGCAACUUCAUCGCUGGAGUCCUUCUACAGCCAAGCCAGGAGAGGCUGAGCAUCUACCAGGCCAUGAGGCAGAGUCUCCUCCGGCCAGGGGCGGCUCUGGUGCUGCUGGAAGCCCAGGCUGCCACUGGCUUCCUCCUUGACCCAGUGAGAAACAAGAAGUUGUCAGUAGAUGAAGCGCUGGCAGGCGGGCUGAUUGGAAGAGAGAUUUACGAGAAGCUGCUGAGUGCAGAAAAAGCUGUGACAGGAUACACACACCCCUACACAAAAGAACAGAUCUCCCUCUUUGAGGCCAUGAACGAAGGGCUCAUUGUGAAAAGCCAUGGCAUUCGUCUCCUUGAGGCCCAGAUAGCCACGGGGGGCAUCAUUGACCCUGUUCACAGCCACCGCAUCCCCGUAGAAGUAGCUUACAAACGAGGUUACUUUGAUGAAAAACUGAACCAGGUCCUUUUGGACCCCACAGAUGAUACCAAAGGCUUUUUUGACCCCAACACCCACGAGAAUCUCACCUACUUGCAGCUUCUAGAACGAUGCACCCAAGAUCCAGAGACUGGACUGUACAUGCUACAAAUAGUCAGAAGGGGUGGAAGGUACUUUUACAUCAACGAGGCAACCAAAAAGUUCCUGCAAGCACAACCGAUGCAGAUGCACAUUGGCAGGUACAAAGGCCAAACCGUCUCCAUGUGGGACCUCCUUUGCUCCCCAUACAUCCAAGAGCAGAGAAGGAAAGAGCUGGUGCGCCAGUACAAGUUUGAGGGUCUGACCCUGGAACAACUCAGCAAAGCCAUCACUGCUAUCAUCGAGGAAACGGAGCAGAAGAUGCAGGCCCUCAAGGUGAAGGGACCAAGGGGGGACGUCUCAGCGGCAGAGCUAUUCAACUCCGAGAUCAUUGAUAAGAAGACCCUGGAUGGGCUUCACCAGGGGCCUGGUGCCCUUCAGCAACUUGCCCAGAAGGACUCCGUGAAGCGAUACCUGGAGGGAACAGGCUGCAUCGCCGGAGUCUUAGAAGCCAAAGGGCAGAAGAUGACCAUCUAUGAAGCCAUGAAGAAAGGGGUCCUGUCCCCAGAGCAUGGUCUGAUGUUGCUGGAAGCACAGGCUGCCACCGGAUUCAUCAUCGACCCAUUGAAGAAGAAAACAUUCUCCGUUGACCAAGCGAUCUCUGUGAGGCUUGUGGGUGAAGACCUUCGAGAGAAACUUCUUUCUGCAGAGAAAGCCGUUACUGGCUACACUGACCCUUCCACAGGGAACAAAAUAUCUCUCUUCCAAGCCAUGAAAAAAAGCAUCGUAGAAAAAGAACUUGCUCUCAGGCUUCUGGAGGCCCAGAUUGCCACCGGUGGCAUCAUUGACCCUGUGCAUGGCCACCGCAUCCCUGUGGAGGUGGCUUACAAACGGGAGUGUUUGGAUGAGGGCACUUACCUCCGGCUUUCUGAUCCAAAAUAUGCUACCAAAGGAUUUGUGGAUCCGAACACCCAGGAAAGGAUUACCUACGCCCAACUAUUGCACAGGUGCACCAAAGAGACAGGGAUGUACUUCCUACAGCUGCUGAGCAAGAGGGACUAUUUCUAUGUAGAUGAAAUAACAAAAAAUAUAUUUUCAUCCACCAAAGUAAAUGUAACACUUGGGAAAUUCAGGGGCCAGAUUGUGUCUCUGUGGGACCUUCUUACUUCAAGCUACUUCACUGAAGAGAAGAGGAACGAGCUGAUUAAAAAAUACAAACUGGAAUCUUCUGCUGUUCUGCAGCACAUCACGGAUGAAAUUCUGAACAUAAUAAAAGAAAAAGAAGAAAAUAGAAGAGACAUAUGGUUCCAAGGGCUACGGAAACAAGUCACAGCUUCGGAACUACUGAAAGCAGAAAUAAUAGGUAAAGAGACGCUGAAGAGCCUGGAGGAAGGAAAGCAGACAGCAAAAGACGUGGCAAAGAUCGACUCAGUGAAACGCUACCUGGAAGGCACCAGCUGCAUUGCCGGAGUGCUUGUGCCGUCCAAGACGGAUCCUUCCAAGACCGAGAAGAUGAGCAUCUACCAGGCCAUGUGGAAGAAUGUCUUGAGGCCAGGAACUGCUCUGGUGCUGCUGGAAGCACAAGCUGCCACUGGGUUCAUCAUUGACCCCCUGAAGAAUGAGAGACUGUCUGUCGAUGAGGCCAUCUCUGCCAGACUGGUGGGUGGAGAAAUUCACAACAAGCUCCUUUGUGCUGAGAAAGCUGUCACUGGAUAUACUGAUCCAAACACAGGGAAAAAUAUAUCUCUUUUCCAGGCCAUGAAGAAAGAUCUGAUCAUCAAAGAGCACGGCAUCCGCCUGCUAGAAGCCCAGAUUGCUACGGGGGGCAUAAUUGACCCAGUCAACAGCCAUCGUGUCCCUGUUGAGGUGGCCUACAAACGGGGCUAUUUUGAUGAGAAAAUGAACCAAAUUCUCUCAGACCCCACGGAUGACACCAAGGGCUUCUUCGACCCCAACACCCACGAGAACCUCACGUAUAUGCAGUUGCUUAAGAGAUGUGUUCAUGACACAGAAACGGGACUAAUGAUGCUUCAAAUACAGGAUAAGACCUCAAUUGCCUUCAGUUUGGAUGAAAAUAUAAAGAAGACUUUGAGGUCUACGACAACAAGAGUAAAUGCGGGUGAUUUCCAAGGACAAGUGGUUUCCCUUUGGGAUCUCCUCUUCUCUAAAUACAUUACAGAAAAUAAAAGCCAAGAGCUCAUAAGACUGUACAAAUCUGGAAAAACAACAAUUGAGGAAAUGAUUGCUACGCUGAUAUCAACAAUCAAAGAGAAAGAGGAGCAGAGCAUCAAUCAACAGAGAAAACUAGAACAUGAAACCGUCCACCUGUCCUUUGAAGAGAACUGGCAGAAGACCUUGAAGUCCACGACCCUCCAAAUGCCUGCUGGGCCGCAAAGAGGCCAGACGGUCACUGUGUGGGACCUGCUCUUCUCCCACUAUAUCACAGAAGAAAAGAGGGCAGAGUUCUUGGACUUGUACAAGAGGGGGAUGAUAUCAGUGGACCGGUUGAUCCAUGUCCUCACCACCCUGGUCACCAAAAAGGAAGCCACAAGUAGGAAAUUGGACAUUAAAGUGAGAAGCCCCAGCAACGAUGACCCUGAACGGGAGGAGGAGGAGAAGGAUGAUGAUGAUGAUGAUGAUGAAGAGGAGAUGGACGCGCCAGUACUGGGAGAAAAGGAAGUGGCUCUGAAAUCCCGGAAGGUUAAAGUCACCGCAAGCGCGUUCCAUGGAAGGGAGGUUUCCGUGUGGGACGUGCUCCACUCCAAAUACAUCCCUGAGGAGAAGCGGAAGGAGCUGCUUCAAUGCUAUAAAUCCGGCAUCCUCACCAUUGACCAAAUGGAAACUGUAGUCACCGCCAUCGUCAACAAAACAGAGGAGGAGAAAACAAAGGAAGCAUCCCACUCGCCCUCGGGAAGCUGGGAAGAGCCCUUGCGGAAUCACACUGUGGUCCUGCAUGUGGGUGAGUUCCAGGGGCAAGAAGUCUCCCUGUGGGACCUCCUCUUCUCUCAAUACGUUCCAGAAGCCCAGAGAGAGGAGCUCUUCACAAAGUACCGGUCGGGAAUCCUCAGCAUUCAGGAAAUGAUCGUCACGCUGGCCCCUCUUCUCACAGAGACAGGAGGAAGCCACGGAGGAGAUGGAGAAGCUCCCCGCAGUCCCAGCAGGGAAAUAUCCUCUCGCGAGGAAGAACUAGAAAGUGCCUUGCGGCAGGUGACCGUGGAGGUGCCCUCGGGCGAGUUCCAAGGCCACAGGCAGUCUGCAUGGGACCUUCUCUUCUCCAAAUACGUGACCGCAGACAAACGGCAGGAACUCCUGGAGAAGUACCGAGCAGGAUCCUUGACCAGCGAGGAGCUCGUCCGAAGAAUCACCAUCCUCAUUGAGGAGAUGGAGGAAAAGAGCAACAAGCUGAAAUUCUCCGGGCUCAGGAGGCAGGUGACAGCCUCGGAGCUCUUCAACUCGGAAAUCAUUGACAAGGAAACACUCUCUGAACUCACACACGGAACCAAAACUGUGGAAGAGGUCACGGAAAGAGAUUCGGUGAAGCGCUACCUGGAGGGCACCAGCUGCAUUGCCGGAGUUCUCGUGCCGUCCCGCUCAGACCCUUCCAAGACAGAGAAGAUGACCAUCUACCAGGCCAUGUGGAAAGGCUUCUUGAGGCCGGGCACCGCCCUGGUGCUGCUGGAGGCCCAGGCCGCCACGGGGUUCAUCACGGACCCUCUGAAGAACGAGAAGCUCUCUGUGGAUGAAGCUGUCUCUGCCGAGCUGGUGGGGGCCGAGCUGAAGGAGAAGCUUCUCUCUGCAGAGAGAGCCGUGACCGGAUACAACGACCCCUACACGGGGAACAAGAUCUCCCUUUUCCAGGCCAUGAAGAAAGGCCUCAUCGUCAAAGAUCACGGCAUCCGCCUGCUGGAGGCUCAGAUCGCCACUGGCGGCAUCAUCGACCCAGUGCAAAGUCAUCGCCUGCCCGUCAACGUAGCAUACAAGCGGGGCUUCUUUGACGAGGAAAUGAACCGCGUCCUCUCAGAUCCCUCCGAUGACACCAAGGGCUUCUUUGACCCCAACACCCACGAGAACCUCACCUACUUGCAGCUCCGGCACAGGUGUCUCCCGAUCCUGAGACCGGUCUGUUGAUGCUGCAAGUGUUGGACAAGGGCUCCUUUUCCUUCUAUCUGAACGACAGCACGAGAAAGGCCCUGCAGUCUGCCAAGACCAGGGUUGGCGUGGGCCUCUUCGUGGGCCAAGACGUCUCCGCCUGGGACCUCCUCUUCUCCAGAUACAUCUCUCCGCAUAAGAGGAUGGAGCUGCUGAAGCAGUACAAAGCUGGCACCCUAACCCUUGAGGAGAUCACCCACAUCCUCGUUACCACCGUUACCGAGACAGAGGAAAGGAACGCCAAGCCGAUGGGCCAUGAACACGCUCCACGUACACCUCAAGCAACAUCACCAAAGCGAGACACUGCUCAGCCAUCCUUCGAAGAGAACUGGCAGAAGACCUUGAAGUCCACGACCCUCCAAAUGCCUGCUGGGCCACAAAGAGGCCAGACGGUCACUGUGUGGGACCUGCUCUUCUCCAACUAUAUCACAGAAGAAAAGAGGGCAGAGUUCUUGGACUUGUACAAGAGAGGGAUGAUAUCAAUGGACCGGUUGAUCCAUGUCCUCACCACCCUGGUCACCAAAAAGGAAGCCACAAGUAGGAAAUUGGACAUUAAAGUGAGAAGCCCCAGCAACGAUGACCCUGAACGGGAGGAGGAGGAGAAGGAUGAUGAUGAUGAUGAUGAUGAAGAGGAGAUGGACGCGCCAGUACUGGGAGAAAAGGAAGAGGCUCUGAAAUCCCGGAAGGUUAAAGUCACCGCAAGCGCGUUCCAUGGAAGGGAGGUUUCCGUGUGGGACGUGCUCCACUCCAAAUACAUCCCUGAGGAGAAGCGGAAGGAGCUGCUUCAAUGCUAUAAAUCCGGCAUCCUCACCAUUGACCAAAUGGAAACUGUAGUCACCGCCAUCGUCAACAAAACAGAGGAGGAGAAAACAAAGGAAGCAUCCCACUCGCCCUCGGGAAGCUGGGAAGAGCCCUUGCGGAAUCACACUGUGGUCCUGCAUGUGGGUGAGUUCCAGGGGCAAGAAGUCUCCCUGUGGGACCUCCUCUUCUCUCAAUACGUUCCAGAAGCCCAGAGAGAGGAGCUCUUCACAAAGUACCGGUCGGGAAUCCUCAGCAUUCAGGAAAUGAUCGUCACGCUGGCCCCUCUUCUCACAGAGACAGGAGGAAGCCACGGAGAAGAUGGAGAAGCUCCCCGCAGUCCCAGCAGGGAAAUAUCCUCUCGCAAGGAAGAACUAGAAAGUGCCUUGCGGCAGGUGACCGUGGAGGUGCCCUCGGGCGAGUUCCAAGGCCACAGGCAGUCCGCAUGGGACCUUCUCUUCUCCAAAUACGUGACCGCAGACAAACGGCAGGAACUCCUGGAGAAGUACCGAGCAGGAUCCUUGACCAGCGAGGAGCUCGUCCGAAGAAUCACCAUCCUCAUUGAGGAGAUGGAGGAAAAGAGCAACAAGCUGAAAUUCUCCGGGCUCAGGAGGCAGGUGACAGCCUCGGAGCUCUUCAACUCGGAAAUCAUUGACAAGGAAACACUCUCUGAACUCACGCACGGAACCAAAACUGUGGAAGAGGUCACGGAAAGAGAUUCGGUGAAGCGCUACCUGGAGGGCACCAGCUGCAUUGCCGGAGUUCUCGUGCCGUCCCGCUCAGACCCUUCCAAGACAGAGAAGAUGACCAUCUACCAGGCCAUGUGGAAAGGCUUCUUGAGGCCGGGCACCGCCCUGGUGCUGCUGGAGGCCCAGGCCGCCACCGGGUUCAUCACGGACCCUCUGAAGAACGAGAAGCUCUCUGUGGAUGAAGCUGUCUCUGCUGAGCUGGUGGGCGCCGAGCUGAAGGAGAAGCUUCUCUCUGCAGAGAGGCCGUGA